AUGAGCCCUGAGAACUGCCUGCUGCUGGACUUUGAAGGGGACAACUUUGCUCUCGCCAGCUCCUGUUUGAAUCAGAGCUCCAACCAUUCUGCUGAAGACUGGUUCUACCCUGGGGUCACCUAUGCCAUCGUUCCAAUUUAUGGGCUCAUCAUUCUUGUAGGACUUGUUGGGAAUGUGACCUUAAUCAAGAUUUUCUGUACUGUAAAAUCCAUGAGAAAUGUCCCUAACCUGUUCAUCUCCAGCCUGGCUUUGGGAGAUCUCCUGUUGUUGGUUACUUGUGCCCCUGUGGAUGCCAGCAGGUACCUGGCAGAUAAGUGGCUGUUUGGCAGGGUGGGCUGCAAGCUUAUUCCUUUCAUACAGCUCACAUCUGUUGGGGUAUCAGUCUUCACCCUGACUGCCCUCUCAGCUGACAGGUACACAGCAAUAGUAAAACCCAUGGACAUUCAAGCCAACAAUGCAUUGACCAAAAUUUGUAUCAAAGCUGCACUCAUCUGGAUAUUAUCUAUGACCCUGGCCAUCCCAGAAGCUGUUUUCUCAGACCUGCACCCCUUCUAUGACAAAGAAACCAACAAAACAUUUGUCAGCUGUGCCCCUUACCCACACUCUGAUGGACUUCACCCAAGAAUACACUCAAUGACUUCUUUCUUGAUAUUCUAUGUUAUUCCCCUAUCUAUCAUUUCGGUGUAUUACUAUUUUAUUGCGAAGAAUCUGAUUCGGAGUGCAUACAACAUGCCAGUGGAAGGAAAUGUACAUGUUAGGAGACAGAUUGAAUCUCGCAAACGACUUGCAAAAACAGUCUUGGUCUUUGUUGGACUUUUCGCCUUCUGCUGGCUUCCCAACCAUGUCAUUUAUUUAUAUCGUUCUUACCAUUAUUCAGAAGUGGACACUUCCGUCUUGCACUACAUAACCAGCAUCUGUGCUCGUGUCUUGGCCUUUACCAAUUCCUGCGUUAACCCAUUUGCUUUGUACUUGUUAAGCAAGAGUUUUAGGAAACAGUUCAACAACCAGUUGUUCUGCUGCAGGCCAAGACUCAUUGUGAGGUCUCAGAGCACGGGACGAAGCACCACCAGAAUGACCUCGCUAAAAAGCACCAACCAUUCCAUAGCCAGCUUCAGUCUGAUCAAUGGCAAGAACAUCUGCCAUGAAGGUUGUGUAUAA